GAUCAAUGACGUAACUAGAAGGAGACCUUUCUUUGAGAAUACAGGAGCAGCAGGAUGAGCCCGGAGCGUCUCUCACAGUCCGGUCCGGAGUACCUGGCCCAGAGACAUGUCCUAACUUACAUGGAAGAUGCGCUCACUCAGCUCCUGGAACAUAAAGAUGAGGUUGAACCCAGCAGCAUUGCCAAGUUUUUCUCCGAAUACUUCACCAGCGUUUCUCGGGGAACCCACGUCCUGUUCCGAGAGUUUGCCUUUGUUCAGUGCACACCGCACAACCGAGCGUCUUUUCUACGUCUCUUCUGGAGGUGCUUCAGGACAAUCGCAAAGAAUGGGGAUCUCUUGACUAUUAAGGAAUACCAGUGCCUCCUCCAGAUGCUUUGUCCGGAUUUCCCUAUGGAUCUGACGCAGAAGGCAGCAAGGAUUGUACUGAUGGACGACGCAAUGGACUGCCUCAUGUCAUUCUCCGACUUCCUGUACGCCGUCCAGAUCCAGUUUUAUUACUCUGAGUUUCUGGACAGCGCCGCUGCCAUCUAUCAAGACCUGCUCAGCGGUAAAAGCAUAAACACCGUUAUUGUGCCAACGUCCCAAUCCGCGACACCGUGCCAGCGGCAGCCGAGCAGCGACAGCGCGUCUCUGGAAGGAGUAGAGGCUCCACAGUUCUAUCAGUGCUUGGAGAACCUAUGCGAACGGGACAGGCACAGCUCUCCUUCUCUGCCACUGAUCAGACAGAUUCUCGGCACUGCGCCCCGGCUGACUUUCUAUGGAUUCCUCAUGGCUCUGUCAAAGAAUGCCGGAAUUAACCACAGCAUCGGUGCUUUGCCGGAUAAAGCUGAUUUAUUAGUUGAUGAAGUUUUGGAUAAGGAGCUUGACAGAAUUGUUGCUCAGCUAUCUGCCUGCUCCAUUACACACUCUCCCACCACCAACCUUCUGCCUCCGUCCCGAGAUAUUAUUCGCGUGCCUUCUCCUAAGAAGACGCUACCCACCCGCCGACGUCCAGACCUGGAGAGUGAUGGUUCCACCGAAGAGACGGAGGACUCCUCGGACAACUAGAGCAUCACAUGUGCGGGACCUUCCGCUGCACCGAAAUCCAUCCCUAUAACGGCAACCGUCCAGGAUGAAUCUGCUGUAUGCUCCUCAAAGCGCUGCGCUAGUCGGGUAAUAAUGUGUAAUGGGGGGUAUUCCUUUAUGUGUUCUUUUUGUUUUUUAAAUUAGUAUUUAGUAUUAUUUGUCUCUUUUUUGUUUUCUGGAUGAUUUUGAGGCUUGAUGUCAAUAUUACUUGUUAGACUAUCUGCAGACGGGUGCGUCCUUAAAAAAA